AACUUUUUUAUAUAGUUUCAGAGCGAUUACAUGUUUUGUUAACGUCCAUGGGCUGUUUGGAUAUUUUUCCAAACCUUUUGAAAUAUUCCUUUUCUUUGCCCUCUAUUCUUUGUUCUGGCUCAGACAGCAUACUUUACCUCGUAUGUUUUCUCUCUCUUUCUUUUUUGGAAGUUGCUCCGGUCCAAAUGUGUGGAGUGGAGUUACAGCCCGUGUUUCAGAUCGGUGGUUUAAGAACUUGCGGACUAGUGGAGAAGAGGAUGUUUUCUUGAUCUGUCAAUGGGACUACCGGGCUGAAGGUGUAAACAAGUUGAACUGCUGGUAUUUAGGCUUGAUGCUGUGUGUUUUGUCCUCAUAGGGUAGCAGGAGGGACUGAGAGAAAAGAGAGAGCGAGGGAGGGGGAGUGGGGUGUAUGUGUGUGUUUGGAAGAGAGAACCAGACUUACAGAAACAGAGACAGUAUACUGUACUGUGUGCGAGAGAGCGAGAAGAAGGAGAGAGUAACUGUAAUCUGAAUCUAUUGCACAUGGACAGAGAGACUAACUAGAACACAUAGGGAGUCUUCCUGACGAGGAGGGAGGACCAGUGACUCCAGAGGCACCAAAAACAGAGAGCGAGAUCAUCAAACACUAAGCUAGGACAGGAUGAGGUACCGAGGCAGGGAUUUGGGAGGUGAGGGCAGAGUUCAUCUAGUUAUGGAGAGUACUCUGACAGCACGUGACAGGGUGGGGGUGCAGGACUUUGUCCUGCUGGAGAACUACACCAGCGAGGCGGCCUUCAUCGAAAACCUGCGCCGACGUUUUGGGGAGAACCUCAUCUAUACCUACAUAGGAUCAGUGUUGGUGUCAGUGAACCCCAACAAGGACCUGGAGAUCUACUCCAAGGCGCACAUGGAGCGCUACCGAGGGGUCAGCUUCUACGAGAUAUCACCCCACAUCUAUGCGGUGUCAGACAACACGUACCGGGCCAUGCGGACUGAGAGGAGGGACCAGUGUAUCCUGAUCUCUGGGGAGAGCGGAGCAGGGAAGACUGAGGCCUCCAAGAAGAUCCUCCAGUACUACGCCACUACCUGCCCUGUCACUGACCACUUGAGUACGCUCCGGGACCGCCUGCUGCAGUCCAACCCUGUUCUGGAGGCUUUUGGUAAUGCCAAAACACUGCGUAAUGACAAUUCCAGCCGGUUUGGCAAAUACAUGGAUGUCCAGUUUGACUUCAGGGGGGCGCCGAUAGGAGGCCACAUCCUCAACUACCUGCUGGAGAAGUCCCGUGUUGUGCACCAGAACCACGGCGAGAGGAACUUCCAUAUUUUCUACCAGCUGCUCGAGGGAGGAGAACAAGACCUUCUCAGCAAGCUGGGAUUGGAGAGAAACGCCCAGAAAUACCAAUACCUGGUCAUGGGUUGCUGUCCUAGGGUGAGCUCCAUCAAUGAUAAGAAUGACUGGAGAACAGUGAGGAAGGCCCUGACCGUCAUCGGCUUCCAUGAGGAUGAGGUGGAGGAUCUGUUGAAUAUAAUCGCCAGUGUCCUCCAUCUUGGGAACACUCAGUUUGGAGAAGGAAAGAAUGGGGAAAACCAGAUCACCACUGAGCCUCAGCUCAAAUACCUGUCCAAGCUGUUAGGUGUGGAUGGAGCAGCACUGAAAGAGGCUCUCACUCAUAAGAAAAUCACUGCCAAAGGGGAGGAGAUGAUAAGCCCGUUGAGUUUUGAGCAGGCUGUGGCAGCCCGUGAUGCCUUGGCCAAAGCGGUGUAUGGCCGUGCCUUCACCUGGCUGGUGGAGAAGAUCAACCAGUCUCUGGCAUUCAAGGAUGAUGUGUACAACAGCAGUAAGGGCUCAUCAUCAGUCAUAGGACUGCUGGAUAUCUAUGGCUUUGAGGUCUUCCAGCACAAUAGUUUUGAGCAGUUCUGCAUCAACUAUUGCAAUGAGAAGCUGCAUCAGCUGUUCAUUGAGCUCACCCUCAAGUCUGAGCAGGAGGAGUACGAGGCAGAGGGCAUCACUUGGGAACCGGUGAAGUACUUCGACAACAAGAUCAUCUGUGACCUGGUAGAGGGAAAGCACAAAGGCUUGAUCUCCAUCCUGGAUGAGGAGUGUUUGAGACCAGGGGAGCCCAGCGAUAUCUCCUUCCUCGAGAAGCUUGAGGACACUUUGGGAGGCCAUGCCCAUUUUGUCACUCACAAGUUGUCGAAUGGGAAGACUCGCAAGGCAGUGAGCAGAGAGGAGUUCAAACUGAUUCAUUACGCAGGAGAGGUCAACUACAGUGUCAAUGGGUUUCUGGACAAGAACAAGGACCUUCUCUACAGAAACCUGAAAGAGGUCAUAUGCCAGUCAAAUAACCAGGUUCUGAGUCAGUGCUUCCACAGAGAGGAAGUGACUGACCAAAAACGCCCAGAAACGGCUGCCACUCAGUUUAAGAACAGCCUGGCCAAACUUAUAGAGAUACUGAUGUCCAAGGAGCCAUCCUAUGUGCGCUGUAUCAAACCCAACGAUGCCAAGCAGUCAGGGAGGUUUGAUGAGGCUCUAGUCAGACACCAGGUCAAGUAUCUGGGUCUGAUGGAGAACCUGAGGGUCAGGAGAGCUGGGUUUGCCUACCGCCGACACUACGAAACCUUCCUACAGAGGUACAAGUCUCUGUGUCCCGGGACGUGGCCUAACUGGCAGGGCAGACUGGCUGAUGGAGUAGCCACUCUGGUCCAACACCUGGGCUACAAACCAGAGGAAUACAAACUGGGCAAGACCAAGAUCUUCAUCCGCUUCCCUAAGACUCUGUUCAGCACUGAAGAUUCCCUGGAAGCCAGGAGGCCUGCCCUCGUUCUCACCCUACAGACCUCAUGGAGGGGUUACAGAGAGAGGGCCAAGUACCUCCGCAUCAGACAGGCAGUCAUAGUGAUCCAAUCUGCGUGGAGAGGGAUGAUAUCCCGUCAGAAGGCCAGGCGUCGCAGACACGCUGUGGACAUCAUACGCAAGUUCAUCAAAGGCUUCAUCUACCGCCACUAUGAGCGCUGUCCAGAAAACGAGUACUUCCUGGACCAUCAGCGUUUCUCCUUCCUGAUGAUGCUGUUUAGGAACCCACCUAAGAGUGUCCUGGACAAAAGCUGGCCCAUCCCCCCACCUUGCCUCACUAAGGCGUCAGAGCACCUGUGCAGGCUGUGUAUGCGGAACAUGAUGCGGGCCUACUGCAGGAGGAUCCAGCCAGAGUGGAAGAAACAGAUGGAGCAGAAGGUGGUAGCCAGUCAGAUAUUCAAGGACCAGAAGGACAGCUAUCCCCAGAGUGUCCCUAAGCUGUUUGUGGCCUCCAGACUAAACAGUGAGGAGUUCAACCUGAAAGUGAUACAGACUCUGGGCAAUGACAAAGUGAAGUAUGGAAUUGCGGUGACUAAGUAUGAUAGGAGGGGUUACAAGGCACGGCCUCGCCAGCUGCUCCUCACCUCCUCCUUCGCCAUGCUGGUGGCCGAAGCCAAGCUGAAGCAGAGGAUCGACUAUGCAACCCUGAGGAGCAUCUCUGUGAGUUCUCUCAGUGAUGGGUUCAUGGUUCUCCACGUGCCCAGUGAGGACAACAAGCAAAAGAGUGAUGUGGUGCUCCAGUGUGAUCAUUUGAUCGAGGUGGUGACGAAGCUGGCCACUAUGGCGGACAAGAAGAUCAAGGUCAACAUGAGCCAGGACAGUAUUACAUUUGCAGUGGCUCGGGGGAAAGAGGGAGUCAUUGACUUCACCAGUGGACCAGAGCUGAAGGUGGCCAAAUGCAAGAAAGGACACCUGCUAGUGACGGCUCCUAAACUCAACCCAUGAUGAUGAUGGGAAGUAAUAACCGCCUCGCUGUAAUCCACAGCGAACCAAUCAUCCCAUAGGAUGAUUUCCUGCCAUAGCCAAUCAGAUUAUAGCCACACAGAAGUUGUUUUUCUUCUUUAAAUGUGAGACAAUAGCCAUACACUCACUGCAAAAAAUAUAAUGAUUAUUUUCUCUUUUAACACAAUUGCACUUAUUAAUCUACAUUUAUAUAGUUAUUGAUUUAGUUACUGACGACAUUUCAUAUAUAAUGGAAUCAGAGGUUUUGCCGGCAUUCAUAAUACUUUGAUGUUUAUUAGCAAUAGUCGUAUUAAAUGAAACCACACAUUUGAAAUCUUAUGCUUCAUCUUUAUUUUGUAGUCCUGUUUACAAUAUAUUAGCUCUUGUAUGUAAUACAAAUACAAAACAAUAUUUAUAUUUCCAUAGUAACAACAAUAAACAGCAUUUUCAAAUAAAUAAGUAAUAAAUAAGUCAAUAAAUAGGCAAAUAGGCAUUGAAGUCAGUGAGGGCUGUGGAAAAAGGGGAUGUUGUGUUUCUCAGCACUCUUCCGGUUCUCGGCUGUUAGUCAGAGAGAGUGAGAGACAGAAAAGAUGGAAACUCAGGGAGAAACCCAGAGGAGAGUAAGGCUGUACAACUUACAGUAAUACUACAUGUAAACCUGAUUUCUGUCUAACAAAGUGAACAGCGCAUCUCUCACACGAUGAGAAAUCAUGAUCUUAGGAUAAAUACCAGAAAUCUCCAUUGAAGUCUUUCUGUCAAAAGCAAUACUGAAUUAUUUAUAAAUAUGAAUAUCAUUAUUAUUGGUAUUAGCUGUAUUAACUUGUUACUGCUGAAAUAAACUGUGUGCAUUGACAACAUAAAA